AUGGGUGACGCUGAGGGGGUGUUGUCCCAUGGCCACGGUGACACUGAGGGGGUGUUGUUGUCCCCAGCCAAGGCUCACGUGGACCGUCGCGUGGCCGCGGUGGCAGCGCGGGGGUCGCCGCCCCGGGGGGACACCUGUGUCACCGACCUGCUGGCCCGGGAGCGGCUCCCCAUGAGCAGCAUCUACGGGAACGUCACCGAGCUGCUGCUGGCGGGGGUGGACACGGUGGCCAGCACGCUGGCCUGGAGCCUGUACGAGCUGGCCCGGCACCCGGGGGCACAGGCGGCCCUGCACCGAGAGCUGGUGGCCGCCACUGCCACCAACAGUGUCACCAACAGCGUCACCAAAGGUGUCACCGGCAGUGACGGCGCCGGUGCCACCGCGGCCGCGCUGCGACGGCUGCCAAUGCUGAGGGCGGUGGUGAAGGAGACACUCAGGCUGUACCCCGUCAUCCCGGCCAACGCCCGCGUGGUCCCCGACCGCGACAUCCGCGUGGGCGAGUACCUGGUGCCGCGCCAGACCCUCAUCACGCUCUGCCACUACGCCACGUCCCGCGACAGCCGCUUCUUCCCGGCGCCCGACACCUUCCGCCCGGAGCGCUGGCUGCGCCACCGGGACCCCGGGGACGGCUUUGGGGACACCCCGGGGGACCCCGGUGACACCCCCGGUGACACCCCCGGCCCCGGGCACCCCUUUGCCUCGCUGCCCUUCGGCCUCGGCCCCCGCAGCUGCGUCGGGCGCCGCUUGGCCGAGCUGCAGCUGCACAUGGCGCUGGCACAGAUCCUGCUGCAGUUUGAGGUGCGUCCAGAGCCGGGGGGGGGCCGUGUGACCCCCAUGACCCGAACCCUGCUGGCCCCCGGCACCCCCAUCGGGCUGCGCUUCCUCGAGCGGUGACACGGGGACACCAGGGACACCGGGGACAUCAGGGACAUCAGGGACACCAGGGACACUGGGAACACCAAGGACACCAGGGAUGUUGUGGACACUGAGGACCCCAGGGACAUCAGGGACUCGGUGACAUUGAGGACACCGGGGACACUGAGGGUGUUGGGGACAGUGGGGAGGCCUUGACCCCAGUGGUGACCUCACCAGCAGCAGUGACACCACCCCCAGUGGUGGCCUCGACCUCGGCGGCGACCCCUCCCCCCGUGGCGUCCCCAGUGCCAUCGUGUCCCCCAUCCCAGGGGGUCCCUGACCCUCCUGGUGACUCCAGACCUGGUGGUGACCCUGCCCCUGCAGUGGCCUUGCCCCUGCAGUGACACUGACUGUGGCAGAGCCCCGACCCUGGGGGGGUGGCCUCGAUCCCAGGGGUGACCCCAACCCCACGGUGGCCUCAAUGACCCCGAUGGUGGCCUUGACCACAGCUGUGUCCCCGCCCCUGUGGUGGCCUUGACCCCGAUGGUGGCCCCCCCACAACCCCAUGGUGUCCCCAGCA